UAUCAUACUUUUUGACACAUAUUAUAACCUGCUCUAUAAUCUUGCCUUUGAAAUAUUAUUUUGAUAAUUCCUCGCCUUUCCACCUAUAAUUUAAACAAUUUCAAUAUCCUUAUAAACAAUGCGAGUUUUAUGCGCAUCACGGUAUAGCACAGUGCUGGCCAGUGCAGCGUUGGUUUCAGGGAGCAUAAUUGCUGGUUAUGCACCCGGCUGGAAGGAUCUAAACAGUGUGGACGUUUCAAAGUUUACGCACAUCAAUCUUGCAUACGCGGAGCCUCAGGCCAACGGGUCAUUCACUUUUGAAGCCAGCUACGACAUUGGCGAGUUUUCUGACAAGGUGCACAAAGCCGGCUCGCGCGCAAUCUUGGCAGUGGGCGGCUACUUGGGCUCGAUACACGUAUCAGACGUGCUUAAAAACUCUGACAACCGCAACCGGAUGAUUAGCACCAUUGUAAGCUAUAUCCGGGAUAGCCGCCUUGACGGCGUGGACAUUGACUGGGUUGGCAGCGAGUGCAACAAGGCUGACUUACAAAACGACGCCUCUAAUCUGCUAAUUUUAGUGCGCGAGCUGCGCCAAGCACUAAAUUAUUCAUUUGGACCAGACAGCAAAAAGGUCAUUGCCCUUGGCGUGGGUAUGAGCCCGUUUGCCGGUCCCAACGGCCCACUCAGUGAUGUGUCGGAGUACGCAAAGUGGGUCGACUACAUCAAUAUCCUGUCCUAUGACGUCAACAGUCCACAUAGCAGCACAACUGGGCCCAACUCUCCGCUCAAUUACGAGUAUGGCCGUGGGGCGCAGUACUCUCUCAUUUCUGCUAUUGACAGCUGGACCGCUGCAAAGUUCCCAGUCAACCAGAUCAUUGCAGGAAUAUCCUUCUAUGGCCGAUCAUCAAAGUCCACUGUUGACAUGUCGACGCAGCCGUGGAACGUGUACCAGCCACAGGAAAGUGAGAUCCCCAGGGGCGAUGAGGAUGAUGGCUUGUGGGUCGAUCGGUGCACUAACAAGCCGGCGAGCUAUUCAGGAAUAUGGUCAUACAAGAACUUGCGCAAGCAGGGCGUGCUGCAGUCUUUAGAGCUUGCGACAACCCCCUGGCAGCGCAACUGGGAUAGCCUAUCGCUGACACCGUGGGUAUUCAACCCAAGCAGCAAGGUAUUUAUAUCCUAUGAUGAUCCGACAAGCAUUGCGGCAAAGGCCAGCUAUGCUCUGGGCAAAGGACUCGGUGGAGUGUCAAUUUACGACAUCACAAUGGACUACAAUAAUGAGCUGAUAUCGGCAAUUACCAAUAUAAUCCAGCCCGAACCGCCACGCAACAACGCAGAUGUAAAUCAAUCAUGGGCGCAGCCGCAACCGCCGUCCAUUAUGCCUACACCACCAUUGGCAGUGCCCAACGAGUCUAUUGGCUGGCCAUCAGGCAGCAUCAGUAUUGCAGUAGCGUUCAAAGCACAGAUGUGCGAAAUGGUGCAAGCUGUGGUUCAGCAACAGUUUACAGGUGUAUUGAGAGCGAUGGCAUGA